AUGUCUAGUGAAGCUGUCAAACCGACAGAGGAUCCGGUCGUGGAUGAUAAUAUUGAGGGUGGAAAAGCACCCAGCGAUGAAGAAGAAGGUGAAGAUGUAUUUGAUUCUUCGGAAGAGGACGAGGACCUGGAUGAAGACGAAGAAGAAGCCAAGAAAGUGCGUGAGGGUUUUAUUGUAGACGAUGACGAAGAAGGACGCGCUGCCGUUGGCAGAAGAAGAAGCAAGAAACACAAGAGACGGGCAAGAGAAGACGAAGAUGACAAACUCUCUGAGGACGACUUGGACCUCUUGAUGGAGAAUGCAGGUGUCAAACGACCUACUAGCCCAGACUCGAAUAAGGUCAAAUUAAAACGCUUGAAACGUGCAGGCGACAAUGGUGAAGAAGAACCGAGUGAUACCACAUCCAAGGCCGCAACGGCUACCUCCAGAUUUGAUGAUUUCUUUUCUGAUGAUGAAGACGAGCAACCAGAGGGAGGAUUACCCCCUACUGGUGGUGAAGGAGUAGCACCUGGCGCAAGAAAUGCAGAGCUUGGGACAAUCGACGAACUUGACGAUUUCAUCGAAGAAGAUGAGUUUUCGGAUGAAGAUGAGGAAAGCCGUCAGCAAAGGCUUCAAGAGCGCAAGAUGCUACGAGAACAACGAAUGAACCAGCCAGUCCAAAUAACAGGCCUUUCAUCUGAGAAGAUUGACGAGAUGUAUGAUAUUUUCGGUGACGGGCAUGAUUACGAUUGGGCCUUAGAAGUUGAAAAUGAGGACUUAGAACAAGCCGAAACUGGUGAAGGUGCAGACGGAACAGAUGAUUUCGAUGCAGAGGGUUUGAAUGGAGAAAUUAAGAAACCAAAAAUCACUUUGCAAGAUAUCUACGAUCUUCAGGAUUUGAAGAAGAAUCUGAUGACUGAAGAAGAUAUGGUUAUCAGGAGAUCAGAUGUCCCAGAGAGAUACCAAGAGUUGAGAGUAGGUUUGAAAAACUACGGCCAACUGAGCGCAGAAGAUCAAGAACUAGAGAAAAAUUGGAUCAGUGAUAGGCUCUGCGUGGACAAAAAUUUCGAGCCUGAAUACGACCUCACGGAAUUUAAAGAAGCAGUUGGAAAUGCAAUCAGAUUCGUGAGCAAGGACAAUUUGGAAGUUCCCUUCAUUUAUGCGUAUCGUCGUAACUACAUCUCCUCCAAAGAAAAAGACGGCUUUGUAUUAAAUGAAGAUGACCUGUGGGAGAUUGUUUAUAUGGACUCUGAGUUUCACAGCAUCAUUUACAAAAGAGAUUACGUCAAAAAGUUUUAUGAGCAAUUAGGACUUCGAGACGCUAUUGUCGACGAGUAUUUCAAAAGUGAAGCCUCUCCGAUGACAGAGUUGAACUCGCUACAAGACAUUUACAAUUACUUGGAAUUUAAAUUCGCACAUGAAAUUAAUGAAGCCUUACUAAGUCAAAACAAUGGUUCAACUAAAAAACACCUGAAAAACUCAAGUUACGAAAAGUUCAAAUCUAGUUCUUUGUACAAAGCCGUCAAAGACAUUGGUAUUACAUCUGAUGAGGUUGGAGAGAACAUUCACUCCGAGCACCAGAUUCACCCAGUGGUUGAUCAUCCUGAGCUCAAACCAAAGGACGUGAUUGAGAAUCUUUUAGCAGAAUCGGGCGCUGAUCUACAGAUUUUUAGCUCGAAUCAUAAGCUGGCCUUGGAGACUGUACAAAAAUACUAUUCUUUGGAGAUAGCUAAUAACCCAAAGGUGAGAGAGAAGGUCAGGACAGAUUUUUACAAAUACUACAUUGCUGAUGUCGUUUUGUCGAUUAAAGGUAAAAAAGAAAUCCAGCGAGGUUCACCCUAUGAAGAUAUCAAGUAUGCAAUUAACAGAACACCUGCUAAUUUCAGAAAGGAGCCUGAGGUAUUUUUGAGGAUGUUAGAAGCUGAAUCGCUGCAUUUGAUGACAAUUAAGAUUUAUAUGUCCUCUCAAGCUCAGUAUUGCGAUCAUUUGUUUCAAACUGCGCUUGACACCACCAACACUUCUGAAAUCGCCACUGAGUGGAACAAUUUUCGGAGGACAGCUUUCUUUGCUGCCCUUGAUAAGAUCUUCUUGGAGAUUAGCCAGGAAAUCAAAGAUGAUUUGAGAAAAACCUGCCAAAAGCUAGUAUCCAAGAGCGUACGUCACAAGUUUAUGACUAAGCUUGAUCAAGCUCCUUAUAUUCCUAACCCACGAGACCCCAAAAUCCCAAGAGUACUGGCGAUAACUUGUGGUGAAGGCCGCUUCGGUGCCGACGCAAUCAUUGCCGUAUACGUGAACAGAAAAUCUGACUACGUUCGGGACUACAAAAUUGUUGACAAUCCGUUUGACAGAAACAAUCCGGAAAAAUUUGAGGAGACUUUGGAUAAUAUAAUACAGGCAUGUCAACCAAAUGCUAUCGGUAUCAAUGGACCCAACCCAAAAACACAACGACUAGCUCGGAAAAUUCAAGAAGUAAUCCAAAAGAAGCAAAUUGUUGACAACAGAGGUCAUAACAUCCCAGUGAUCUACGUUGAGGAUGAGCUCGCCACCCGUUAUCAAACUUCUGAGAGGGGUAUACAAGAAUUCCCCAACAAACCUUCUCUUGUAAAAUACUGUAUUGCUUUGGCCAGAUAUAUGCAUUCGCCUUUGCUGGAGUAUGUCAACUUAUCUCCAGACGAGCUCAUGUCUCUGUCGAUUCACCCUAAUCAAUCUCUUUUAACAAGAGAUAACUUUAUGAAGGCUUUAGAAACUUCCUUCGUUGAUUUGGUGAAUUUGGUGGGUAUCGAAGUGAACAAGGCUACAGACAACGGCUACUACGCUCGGUGCUUGCAAUAUAUUUCAGGCCUCGGAAAGCGUAAGGCAACUGACUUCUUAGAAUCUCUGCAGAGAUUAAACGAGCCAUUGCUAGCACGUCAGCAGUUGAUUACCCACAACAUUUUGCACAAAACAAUUUUCAUGAAUUCUGCUGGGUUCCUUUACAUUUCAUGGAACCAAAAGAAUCAAAGAUAUGAGGAUCUAGAGCAUGAUCAGCUGGACAGUACCAGAAUCCAUCCAGAAGACUACCAUUUGGCUACCAAAGUGGCGGCAGAUGCAUUAGAGUAUGAUCCCGACGCCAUUGCCGAGAAAGAGGAACAGGGAUCGAUGAGCGAGUUCAUUGAGAUAUUGAGAGAAGACCCUGAUUGUAAGACCAAACUGGAAUCUCUUAACUUAGAAGCUUAUGCGGAGGAGCUUGAGAAAAACUCGGGUCAAAAGAAGCUGAACAAUUUAAACACCAUCGUGCUGGAGUUAUUGAACGGUUUCGAAGAAUUGAGAAAUGAUUUUCACCCCUUAAAUGCUGAAGAGGUAUUCACAGCGCUUACUGGUGAAUCGGAUAAAACAUUUUUCAAGGGCUGUAUCGUUCCAGUCAAGGUUGAACGCUUCAGACAUAGUGAUAUCAUUUGCGCUACAAACUCUUUGGUGGAAUGUAUCGUAAAUUCGCAACGUCAUUUGGGCGCUCAAUUGAAAAGACAAGCAUCGGAACUUUAUGAAAUCGGAAUGACAUACCCUGCCAAAGUGAUAUUCAUCGAUUACGAGAACAUUAGUGCAGAAAUAUCCUUCUUGGAGCACGAUGUGAAGCACCAGUAUGUUCCAGUUCAUUACAGUAAAGAUCCGUCUAUUUGGGAUUUGAAGCAAGAACUGGAAGACUCGGAGGAAGAAAAGCAGAUUGCGAUGCGCGAAGCUCGUGCCAAACGGACGCACAGAGUUAUCAACCAUCCAUACUAUUUCCCCUUCAACGGCGCCCAGGCUGAAGACUAUCUAAGAAGUAAAGAACGUGGUGAUUUCGUGAUAAGACAGUCCUCGCAAGGUGACGAUCAUUUGUCGAUUACGUGGAAGCUAGACAAGGAUCUCUUCCAGCACGUGGAUAUUGUGGAACAAGAGAAAGAGAAUCCGUUGGCGCUGGGAAGAGUCCUACUGGUAGAGGGACAGGUGUAUCACGACUUGGACCAAAUCGUGGUGGAAUACUUGCAAAACAAAGUCAGGCUUUUGAAUGAAAUCACCUCGAAUGAGAAAUUCAAGAAGGGCACCAAGAGAGAAGUCACCAAGUUUAUCGAGGACUACUCGAAAGUGAACCCCAACAGGUCGGUGUACUAUUUCAGUUUCAACUACGAGCACCCAGGCUGGUUCUACCUGAUGUUCAAAAUCAACGCCCAAAGCAAGCUCUACACCUGGAACGUGAGACUCGCGCACACCGGCUUCGUUCUGGUCAACUACAAUUACCCAACCGUCAUCCAGCUGUGCAACGGGUUCAAAACCCUGCUGAAGACCAGCAACAGAAACCAACGGCCGGGCACCGCUGCGGGCAGUGCUCCAGCGGCCACCGCGGGCGCUGCUGGUGGUUACUACGGGUACUAA